CUGCCUCAUUGUGCAAUAUCUUAAUUCCUCAUUCUGUUUUCCAUAUACCGUAUUGAAACCUCUAGACUCUAGCCUGCCUGUGUUUCUGCACAUAAGCACUGAAAUUCCAAUUUAUUAAAUCAGUUUGUCAAUUUGCUUUGAGACAAGCCGGAAAAAAAGGAGAAAAAAAAAACAAUAUCUGAUCUCCCCGACAACAAGUGCAAAAGGCUCAAGGCCCAGAAACACCAUGGCAGACACAGAUGCCAAACCAGCCCAUAAUGGCACAGAAAGACAUGAAGAGUACCAAUAUCUUGAUCUCGUUCGCGAAAUACUCGACAAUGGCGAGCACAGGCCAGACAGGACCGGCACGGGCACAUACUCCAUCUUCGCACCGCGCCCUCUCAAGUUCUCUCUUAACAAGGACGGCACGCCGAUCCUCCCGCUGCUGACAACGAAGCGCGUCUUCUCGCGGGCCGUCAUCCUCGAGCUCCUGUGGUUCGUGUCGGGCGCGACGUCGGCCAAACCCCUGAGCGACGCCGGGGUCAAGAUCUGGGACGGCAACGGCAGCCGCGAGUUCCUGGACGGGCUGGGCCUGCAGCAUCGCGAGGUGGGCGACCUGGGCCCCGUCUACGGCUUUCAGUGGCGGCACUUUGGCGCCGAGUACACCGACUGCCACGCCGACUACACGGGUCAGGGCGUCGACCAGCUUGCUGAGGUCGUGCACAAGCUCCGCACCAACCCGUACGACCGUCGCAUGGUCCUCAGCGCAUGGAAUCCCAAGGACCUCAAGCUCAUGGUCCUGCCGCCGUGCCACAUGUUUGCGCAGUUUUACGUCUCGUACCCCAAGACCGCCGGUGACAGCAACGGCAGCUCCACAGCAGAAGGCGCGGAUCAGACGUCAUCACCCUCGGCCAAGCCAAAAGGCCACCUCCACUGCCAGCUCUACCAGCGGUCGUGCGACAUGGGCCUGGGCGUGCCCUUCAAUAUUGCCAGCUACGCGCUGUUGACGCACAUGAUCGCGCGCGCAACGGGUCUUGUGCCCGGGUCGCUGACGCACGUCAUGGGCGACGCGCACGUCUACGCCGACCACGUCGACGCACUCCGGACGCAGCUGGAGCGCGAGCCAAGGCCGUUUCCAGAACUCGAGAUCAACAGGCCCGAGGUGCCCGAGGGAGGCGACGGCGUCAUUGACGGCUGGAAGCUGGAGGACUUUGUCAUCAAGGGCUAUGACCCGCACAAGGCCAUUGCUAUGAAGAUGUCUGUCUGAUUUUGGGCUAUUUAGGGAGUGGGAGUUGGGAUUUUGGUUCAUGACUAAUGACUGUGUUUGGGAUGGCUCAUGAUUGGCGGUUGGGU